AUGUCUGAUGAUUUAAACGAGUUGAAAUUAUUUGGGGAGAGUUUAGGUCUUAAAGAUGAAGAUCUCACAAAUUUUGUUAAAGAGCAGCAAGCUUUACGGAGAGAUGAAAGACAAGCUCAGAGAGAGUUAGAUAAGAUAAAGAUAAAUUCUCAGACUGAGGUUGAAAAAGAGAGACUUAGUUUUGAGUUAGAGAGAGAGAAAAUGAGAAAUGACAUAGAGAAAAUGAAAUUAGAACAAAAGCCUAUUUUCUCAGACGAGUCAAAGUUUACUGGUGGUCAUGUUUUGCCCAAAACACCCAAACUCCCUUUCUUUGAUGAUUCUCAUGAUGAGAUGGAUAGUUUUCUCCUUAGGUUUGAACGAUAUGCUGAGGCUCAGCAAUGGGAUCAUUCAAACUGGGCUAUAAAUCUUAGUGCAUUAUUAAAGGGGAAGGCUUUAGAUGUGUAUGCGUUAAUGCCAAAAACUCAUGCCCUUGAUUACAAUACUCUUAAGACAGCUUUAUUGAAACGCUUUGAAUUGACCGAUGAUGGUUUUAAAAAGAAGUUUAGAUCAUGUAGGCCAGAUCAGUGUGAAACCUUUUCUCAAUUUGCUGUCCGAUUGAGUAGUUACUUUGAAAGGUGGGUUGAAAUGGCAAAGGCACCCAAAACAUAUCAAGGUUUGUAUGAUCUUAUGUUGCGAGAUCAAUUUCUGCAUGUAUGUAGUCAAGAUUUAAGAUUGUUUUUAAAGGAGAGAAUACCUGACAGUUUAACAAAUAUGGCAAACUUAGCUGAUCAGUACAAAGAUGCCCGCGACGUAAGUGCGCUACAAGCUAUAGGUAAGGGUAAGAUUUCUUUGUCCAAAAAGGUCGAACCGGUAAAGAAAGUAGAUGUUGGUGAGAACAAGAGUUCGUCUUUUGAUAAGAAAAGAUUCAUACCUAAGUCAGAACGUAAGUGUUUUAAAUGUCACAAAGUUGGACAUAUUGCAUCAGAGUGUAGGUCCAAAACAGUUUUUAACAAUAUGUCACAUGCUGUACAGGACGUUGGAUCUUCUGAGCAAAAGGUAUGUUUUGUUAGUACAAUGCCUUCAGACCCUAUUGUAGAAUCUACUGCAUCGUCUUUUCCAACAACUACGUCAUUUUCGUCUUGCCAAAGUAGCUUAGCUUCUAGUAUGCCGAUAUCUGCAGGUUAUGUUAACAAUGUACCAGUGACAGUCUUGAGAGAUACUGGCUGCAGUGGUAUUGUCAUAAGGAGGAGCAAAAUACAAGAUGAAGACCUAGUACAAGGUAAGAAACAGACUUGUGUUCUAGCAGACGGCUCCAAAAUAACUGUUCCGAUCGCAGAGGUUUCCAUUAACACUCCCUUCUUGAAAGAACAACAUGAGGUAUGGUGCAUGGAGAAUCCUGUAUACGAUCUGAUAGUUGGUAAUGUCCCAGAUGCCAAGCCAGCGACUCAACCAGAUCCAGAUUGGCAGGUAAACGCUGUAGAGACCCGGCAACAGAAACGUAACAAGAGCAAACCAUACACUCAGCUUAAAGUACCAGCCAUCAUAUCUGAGGAUUUUGAUCUAUUGAAAAUUAGAAAUGUACAAGAGCAGGAUGUUUCUCUGAAAAAAGGUCACUUGGGAACACAGCGGACCUUAGCAAGAGUUACCUCAGAAUUCUUCUGGCCAGGGAUGCAUAGUGAGUUGCGGCGUUAUUGCCAGUCGUGUGACAUAUGUCAGCGCACAGUUCACAAAGGUAAGGUACAGAAAGUACCAUUGGAGCGAAUGCCACUCAUAGAUGAGCCCUUCCAAAGAGUUGCAGUUGAUCUUGUUGGACCACUGUACCCAACCACCGACAAAGGUAACCGUUAUAUUUUGACUCUGGUGGAUUAUGCUACUCGCUAUCCAGAAGCUAUUGCUUUGCCUAACAUCGAGACAGAGAGAGUUGCAGAGGCCCUAAUGGAGAUGUUCUCGAGAAUCGGUGUGCCCCGUGAGAUGUUGAAAGAUAUGGGAAGUCAGUUUACUUCUUCUCUAAUGUCAGAGGUGAGUCGACUUAUUUCUCUUCGACAAUGGACCACGACACCAUAUCAUCCGAGCUGUAAUGGGUUGGUAGAACGUUUCAAUGGAACUCGAAAACAAAUGUUGAAUCGACUUUGUUCUGAAAAACCUAAAGAUUGGGACAAGUACCUGAGUGCAGUUCUGUUCGCCUAUAGAGAAGUUCCUCAGGAGAGUCUUGGAUUUUCUCCGUUCGAGCUU